AGAAACAGAGCACGCUUCACCCUCUUCUCUUCUUCCUUCUCAUCCUGAUUUUCUCUCUGCAACUAUUCCAUUCCAAUCGGUAAUAUAACAAUCAGGUGAAUUUUUUGGUUGUAAUGGAAUCGAAAAUGUCCUUUACUUCUGGAGGAACCAGUUGCCAUGUUACUGGUUCAGCUGCUGAGGAUGAUUCAAACAUGCAAGAUGCUGUUGCAACUGAAGAAGGGAGUGGGAGCCAGUGGAGUUUCCUCCCAAAACCAUCUCAUCAUAACUAUGUUCAGUAUCUGACUGAAUCCUCAAACUAUCUGCCUAAGACUGAGGAUAUGAUUGGGAGCAAUUAUGCAGCUCUUGGAUUUGGAAACGAUGCCAAUGGAACAAACAUGAACUUCUUUUGUAAUGAUCCUGGAAAAGCUUAUGCCUUUAAAACUGAAGUUCAUUCUUCCAAUGAAGUUGACAUUGGCAAGCAAGUGGGGUAUUGGAGACCUGCUGAGAGUGAAGUCCAGCAGGAAGCAAUGCAAUUUGAAAGUACUCAACAUCAUCACCCUCUCUAUCCUGAGAGUCCUGCUUCAUGGACACCAGAAGCAACUGGAGAUAAUCCUAAUGUUUCACGGCUUGAUCCAUCAGUAAUGGCUGGCACACCUAGUUUCCUUCCUAAACCAGCAAGACAGAAAGCCAGUGACCGAGUAAGUCAACAACGCAGGCAACGAAUUGCUGAUAAUCUGAAAGCGCUACACGACUUGCUUCCAAAUCAAGCAGAGGGUAGUCAAGCUUAUAUACUGGACGACAUUAUCGACCAUGUUAAAUAUUUGCAGCUUCAAUUAAAGGAACUAAGUGGAAGUAGACUACAAGCUGAAUCAACUGCUAUACCACUGGUUUUCCAUGAGCAGGGUUAUGGGCAUUAUAUUGACCAGCAGAAGCUGAAUGAACCACUUGAAGAGAUGAUGGGGAAACUUCUUGAAGAGAAUCCUGCAUCUGCCAGUCAGCUGCUGGAGAACAAUGGUCUUGUCCUGCUGCCUAUGGAGUUGGUUCAAGACUUGCACCAAUCCAUGCAAAUCUUCGGCAACAGCAAUGCACUUGUCUGAGUUCGAUUGUCCGGCCGGCAGGCACCGUAAAUAUCAGGACAAUUUGACAACAUUAGUAGCUUACUAGCUCUAGGUAUUAGUAUAUGAUCAUCAUUUGAAUUGAAGCCUAGCUUAUCUGGAAAAACCAAUUAACCAUGGCUUUUAAAUGAAUGUAGCCAUCUUCUUUCGUUUCAUAUGGAAAGUUUAGAAACUCUUGUCUGAUCAUCACGUUUAAUCAGAUUUGGCGUGUUAUGAAAUUGUCAAAUUUUAA